GUCCGACAGCUAUCAGCGUGCGUAGUUUCCCCCAAUUUUAUCUCUCGAAGUCGGCCUCCGUCGUUGCACAGCGCAGAUACCUAAACAAACCCAAAAGCGUGCUUCUCUGCCAGCAGCUCCCAGAGCUCGAGCAAUACAAAAUUCGAAACGAACCAUGUCGAAGCGGAAGUUCGGCUUCGAGGGCUUCGGCAUCAACCGCCAACCCACCUACAACUUCGAGCGCUCCCAACCCCCUCAGCGACUCUACGUCCCUCCCUCCUCAUCUCGCCCACAUGACAACUACGAGGACACCGACCUUGACAAUAUCGAUUACGAAGAUAACGACACCUCAAACAACAAGAACGAGGAGGAUGCAAAUGAGGAAAUCGACCCUCUCGACGCGUUCAUGGAAGGCAUCCAGGAGGAGAUGCGUUCGGCGCCGACUCCGAAGCCCAAGGAGAAGGCCGAGAGGUACAAGGACGACGAGUACGAUGAUCCCAUGGAGAGCUUCCUCUUGGCGAAGAAGGAUUUGGGGCUCACGCUGGCGUCGGAGGCACUACACGCUGGCUACGACUCCGAUGAGGAGGUUUACGCGGCCGCCAAGGCCGUGGACGCCGGGAUGGUGGAGUACGACUCGGACGACAACCCCGUGGUGGUCCUGGACAAGAAGCGGAUCGAGCCCAUUCUGCCUCUGGACCACAGCGAGAUCGAGUACGAGCUCUUCAAUAAGGAUUUCUACGAGGAGAAGGACUCGAUAUCGGGGAUGAGUGAGCAGGAUGUUGCUGAGUACCGGAAGAGCUUGGCUAUUCGGGUCUCUGGUUUUGAUGUUCCAAAGCCAAUUAAGACAUUUGAAGAGACUGGGUUUUCUCCGCAGCUCAUGAAUGCGAUAAAGAAGCAAGGUUAUGAGAAGCCUACAUCAAUACAGUGCCAAGCUUUACCGAUUGUGCUCUCCGGGAGGGAUAUCAUUGGAAUAGCAAAGACGGGUUCUGGUAAAACUGCUGCUUUUGUACUUCCCAUGAUUGUCCAUAUUAUGGAUCAGCCUGAACUGGAGAAAGAGGAGGGUCCUAUAGGAGUAAUUUGUGCACCAACUAGAGAGCUAGCACACCAAAUAUACUUAGAGGCCAAGAAGUUUUCCAAGUCAAAUGGAAUACGAGUCUCUGCUGUCUAUGGUGGCAUGUCGAAAUUUGAUCAGUUGAAAGAGCUUAAAGCUGGUUGUGAGAUAGUGGUUGCUACUCCAGGGAGGUUGAUAGACAUGAUAAAGAUGAAGGCUCUGACAAUGUUAAGAGCAACCUACUUGGUACUUGAUGAGGCUGAUCGGAUGUUUGACCUUGGAUUUGAGCCGCAAGUUAGGUCUAUUGUUGGUCAGAUUAGGCCAGAUCGCCAGACCUUAUUAUUUUCUGCCACAAUGCCUCGUAAAGUCGAGAAGUUAGCUAGGGAAAUCCUUACUGAUCCUGUAAGAGUUACAGUGGGGGAGGUGGGAAUGGCCAAUGAGGAUAUUACUCAGGUAGUUCAUGUAAUUCCUUCUGAUGCAGAGAAGUUGCCUUGGCUUCUUGAACAGUUACCCAAAAUGAUCGACGAUGGAGAUGUUUUAGUGUUUGCUUCAAAAAAAGCCACGGUGGAUGAGAUUGAAUCGCAGCUGGCUCAGACAGGUUUUAAAGUUGCAGCUCUUCAUGGUGACAAGGACCAGGCUUCUCGUAUGGAAAUUUUGCAAAAAUUUAAAUCUGGCAUCUAUCACGUUCUUAUUGCAACUGAUGUUGCUGCACGUGGUCUCGACAUCAAGUCAAUUAAAUCAGUUGUGAACUUUGAUAUUGCCAGAGACAUGGACAUGCAUGUCCAUCGUAUUGGUAGAACAGGCCGUGCCGGUGACAAAGAUGGGACUGCAUAUACACUAAUUACUCAGAAAGAGGCACGCUUUGCUGGUGAAUUGGUUAAUAGUUUGGUUGCUGCUGAUCAGAAUGUGUCCGUAGAACUGAUGGAUCUUGCUAUGAAGGAUGGGAGAUUCAGGUCCAAACGUGAUGCAAGGAAAGGAGGAGGGAAAAAGGGUAGAGGGAGGGGUGGUGGUGGCAGUGGUCGGGGUGUUCGUGGGGUUGAUUUUGGUUUGGGCAUUGGCUAUUCUCCAGAAUCCAAUAAUACUUCCUCCAGCUCUGUUCCAAGUCGAUCUGCUGCUGUUAAUUCACUCAGGACGGGAAUGAUGGCACAGUUUAAGAGUAACUUUGUUGCUGCUGCAUCAAAUUCACAGAGCCAGGGAAUGAGUAACAGUUCAAGUGCCUAUGCCAACAAGAGAACAGCACUAUCUGGCUUUGUGUCUGGUGGUUCAAUUGGUGGAGAUAUAUAUAAAACACAAACGACCAGUUCAUUCAGUCCUGCUGUGUCAGGCAACAGCACCAAUCACAGCUCCUCAGAAAAUGCAAAUAAAAAGAACUCGGAAAGUUCAAGAGACAGAAGUAGAGAAAGGCGGAGGCCCUCUGGUUGGGACCGGUGAUCUGUACAAUUAAACAACACUACUUUUCAUAUGGUCAACGACUCUCAUCUCUUAGUAUAAGACUCACAUGAUAUUGCGUUGUUGUUGGUGUAAGGUUUUUUUGUGCUUUUAAGCUAGUUCCUACUGUUCCUCACAUAAAAGAAGUAAAAAUGAGUUAGUUCCUACUGUAUGAUUCUAGCUUUUUCAUACUUUUGUGGUGUUCUGAUUCCUGAACGAGGGAUCCUAGAUAGAAGACAAGAAUUUACUGCAUAUUUUUUUCUUUUUGGGUGGGCAGAAAUAGUAAAAUCCUCCAACUAGCACUGUGCAAUAUUUGAAGACGGUAUGAAUUGAUUCUUUUUGGGAUGCA